AUGAUUGCUUAUCAUAAGCAGAAUGAGGCCCAUAAUUCAGAUGUCCAGCUACUCAACUGUCGUCUUAUUCAACGCUGCGUGAAUUCUCUCAGUCGAGAGCAGGAGUUCAGUGCUCCAGAAGUUGUAUCUUAUCUUGUUGGAUGGGGUGAUCGAUAUGUGUCUCAUCACUUUGAGACUAUACAUUGGAGUUCUGUCACUUCACUUCUCAAGAAGACUUAUCUGCAAUUAUCACAUGUCAUACAGCAUACUCCUGAAGGUGGAACUGUUGAUGUCAGUGAUCGUUCACCACAGGCAAGUGACAUUGAAUAUGCUGUUCUAGAAAUACAUGAAGGCUCGAUACGACUGCAAGAUCAAAUUCAUGAAUACAUCGACUGUUCUACUGAACUAGAAGGUUUUAAUUAUCUCAAAUAUUUCUUGAACACUUAUGAUCUUCGUACGCACUCAUCAAACUCUGAUCUUGUACCAAAGAGGAGCGACACAAGUAUCCAUCUCUCUUAUAAGGAAGAGAUCAGUCAUGCAGGACAUGUUCACACUCUUCGCCAAGACAAUCACGAAACCAUUCCACACAUUCCAGGUCCAUGGUUUCCUCAUGCCGAUGAUCCUGCAAGUCAUUCUUUCUAUUGUGCUUUGAUUCCCGCCCUUCUUAAACCUUGGAGGAAUAUUAUGCAGUUAAAAGAGGCUGACGAAAAUUUUCUGACUGAUGAAGAAGAAGGUAACAUCAAUUCCAUUACUGAGGAAUCAAUCACAGAUGAAGACAUCAUGCGUGCUGCUAAUGGCACAUUUGGUUCUCGAGAAAGGGUAUAUGCUGAUGUGGCUAUGAACAUUGCAGAGGAGUAUCGCUUCUUUGAGCGAAAUGCUGAAGAAAACCUGGUGAUCAAUGAAUUAGCCAAUGUUGUCACAGAUCAACAAUGGGCUGAUUAUCUUCAGUGGGAUAACAUUAUCCAUAAUGAACCUGAUGCACAGGAUAUUUCUGCUAUGGAUGUUUGA